GGCACAACAGUGCUCGUGAGCAGGUGACACUGCUUUGUGGGAUCGCCCGUCUGAUACCAACUUAAGCUAUGUUCCUGUUAGAAUUAAGAUCGGCAUGCUACUGAACUUGACCAAUUGAAUUUGGUCUAUCUGCGUUUUCUUGAGAAGGGGAGUCAACAUCUUUAAGAGGACGGAUAAGAUAUGGCGUCACGGCGAGGGCGGUCGGCGUCGUCCGACACGGAGCCACUGCUGUCGCCGGUGUCGACAGAGCGGCCGACCAUGAGCGGGUCCCAGGACGCCCCGGGCACCGCGGCGCCGGCCGCCGGCAGCCUCCGCAACCAGGUGCUAGCUGGCGUGUUCGUCACGUUUGGCGGCCUGGUGGCUGGUAUGACGCUCGGCUACUCGAGCACGGCCGGGGUGAAGCUGCAGAACUCGACGCUGCACACCACCGACUCGGAGGACUCGCUGAUCGGCUCCAUGAUGCCGCUGGGCGCUCUGUUCGGCGGCCUGGUAGCCGGCUGGGCGGUGGAGGCGCUGGGCCGGCGCAGCACCAUGGUGCUGAUCACCGUACCGGGGCUGCUCGGCUGGCUGCUCAUCACGUACGCCACCUCGGUCGGCACCAUCAUCGCUGGCCGUGUCUUCACCGGGUUCGCGGCCGGUUGCACCUCGCUGGUGGCGCCCACGUACGUGGGCGAGGUGACGGAGGCUCGCAUCCGCGGCACGAUGGGCGCCUCGUUCCAGUUCCAGGUGACGCUCGGGGUGCUGCUCUCGUACGUGAUCGGCAAGUACGCCGACUGGAACUACCUGGCCAUGGCGUCGGCCUUCUUCCCGGUCGUCUGGCUGGUGCUGGUCUGCUUCAUACGCGAGUCGCCCGUCUGGCUGGUGGACAAGAACCGCGAGCUGGAGGCGCACGACGCGCUACUCUGGCUGCGGGGCACCGGCGCCGACGUGAACGCCGAGCUUGCGCAGUUACGCCGCCAGAACGAGGAGAUCCGCGCCAAGCAGGCCUCGUUCCGGAACCUGAAGCAGCGCGAGAACCUGCGGCCGCUCAUCAUGUCGCUGAUGCUGAUGCUGCUGCAGCAGCUGAGCGGCAUCAACGCUGUCAUCUUCUACACCACAGACAUCUUCAAGGACGCGGGCAGCUCGAUCGACCCGAACCUGGCCACCAUUAUCGUCGGUCUGGUGCAGUGUCUGUCGACGUUCGCCGGCGUCGUGCUCGUCGACCGGCUGGGGCGCAAGGUCUUGCUCAUCCUCUCCGAUGUCAUCAUGGGCGUCUGCCUGCUGGCGCUGGGCAUCUAUUUCUACCUCAGCAGUCAUGACAAUGCGGACAACCUGGGCUGGCUGCCGCUCGCUUCACUGAUGAUCUACAUCUUCGCCUUCUCAGUCGGCUUCGGUCCCAUCCCCUGGCUCAUGAUGGGCGAGCUGUUCGCACCGGAGGUCAAGGGUAUCGCGAGUGGCGUGGCGACCUUCUUCAACUGGACGCUGGCCUUCCUGGUGACGCUGACGUUCAAGCCGCUGGUGAACGGCAUGACGGAGGCGGGCGUGUUCUGGAUGUUCACGGCGAUCUGCCUGCUGGGCGCCGUCGGCGUGUUCUUCUUCACGUACGAGACCAAGGGGCGCACGCUAGAGGAGAUCCAGGACCACUUCCGUCAGUAGGGUGGCGUCGGUAGAGUGGCCCGGCCGGCCCGGUCUGCCGGCGUCCAUCGCUGGCAGCGCUCCGCGCCUCGCGGGCCCGACGGCUCGUGGUUUUAUGGCCGGUCGGACAGCUUAUGCGUACAGCCGGUAUCUACCUGGCAACUCCUGGUUUGUCACCGGAAUCACAAGCGGUGUUGCAUUUUAAACGGCGGUGAAACGUAGCAGCAAGUUUUUAGAUCCGGUGAUAGUUGUUUUCAUAGUGCACUUGUUUUCGGGAUGUGAUAAAGUGCGUGCGAUGCGUGCGACAUGCGUGCGAUAAAUACUAAGAUACGCGCCGCAUUAAAGAUAGUGUUUCCGUACUCAUAUACAUUCCUUGGACAGCUGGAGUGCUACAAAGCGUUAUAUACGAAGCAUAUGUAGAUGUCUAUGAGGACGUUAAUUUUAUGACAACCAUCCACUGGCCACUUGUGGGUACAAACUAUGUGCGCCUUCUCUGGGCUGCUUUUUGAGCACAUUCAGACAAUGCUCACAAACGGUAGUGCGUCUGAACCACGCGUGACCGCGGCUCACAGCCCAGCCAAUCAGCAGCCCGUGCGGUGGACAAAUGCCCCAGACUCCCCCACACCAACUCUGUUCUUCGGCGGCGUCGUUCGGUUGCGAACAACACCGUUACAGCUCGGACGCUGAUGGAAGCGCAUCGUGUGACGCGGCCUCUGGAAUUUGCCGCGAUGCGCUGUCAGGAGGUGCCCGCCAGUGAAGUCGCGUGGGCUGAUCUGUAUGGAAAUUCCACCGCUGGUACGCACGCGCCGUUGUCAUGGUGAGCUGUUCCGCUCGGUAGCUAUGGUGGUGGCGCCGUUUGUACCCAAACGACCGGGUCUGUUGACGCAGUUUCAUGGCGGACCACACAGCGUAAAACGUUGGGUCGCUGGGUCGGCGGUCCAUUGUUCCGAGAUUGGGUAAUGUGCUGGCCGGUGUAUACCAUGUGGAUUUAUUGCACUGGUGUUGACGCCUUUGUUUCCAAAUGGCUGUCUGGCCGCUGCUGGGCCACACAAUGCUUACACGGUGUGGUGAAGUGUAUGACCUCCGCCGUCGGCAAAUGCUUUCAUGGGCUGAAAUGUACAGAAAUGCACGCUACACGGUUGUUGAGU